GAGGGGACCGCGGGGACCCCAGGAGGCGCGGGAGCUGCCCACAGAGGCCGCCUAAUGGCCCCAGCCAGCCUGGACUCCUAACAUAGACCAAUUUACUGGAUACAUGGUCAAUAUUUAGACAUCAGUUGCAUUCAGAGUUCCAGUUCUGGAUGAAGAUAGAGUAGGUGGAUGCCCCCCUAUUUCUUUGUACCGGUGAGACUGAUUAUUUACUUCUGACCUCCAGAAUUAUAAUAAAUCUAUGUUAUCUUAAGAUACCAAGUUUGUGGUCAUUUAUGACAACAGCAAUUAGAAACUAAUACAACCCCUUAAAUUUUCUUUUGAUUAAUGUUUGCAUAGUACAUUUUUCAUUCUUCUACUUUUUUAUGUUUUUAUUUAUUUUUUGAGAGAGAGAAAUAGAGUGUGAGUGGGGGAGGGACAGAGAGAGAGAGAAGGAAACACAGAAUCUGAAGCAGGCUCCAGGCUCUGCACUGUCAGCACAGACCGCGAUGUGGGACUUGAACUCACAAACUGUGAAAUCAUGACCUGAGCUGAAGUCAGAUGCUCAACUAAUUGAGCCACCCAGGCACCCCUCUUCUACCUUUUCAUGUGGUUACAUUACAUAAAAUUCACCAUUUUAACCAUCACUAAAGCAUAUAAUUCAGUGGCAUGAAGUAUAUUUACCAUCUUAGAUAAUCAUCACCACUAUCCAUUUCCAGAACACUGUUAUUAUACCAAAUGGAAACUCCCUACACAUUAAAUAAUCACUCCCAUGUCCCUUUGCCACCAGCCCUUGUCAAUCUCUGUUCCAAUUCCUAUGUCUGUGAAUUUGUCUACUUAGUACAUCUAAGUGGAAUCAUACAAUAUGCGACUUUUUGUGUCUGGAUUUUUUACUUAGCACAAUGUUUUCAAGAUUCAUCCACAUUGUUCAUUCUUUUGCUUUUCACCCAUUUACACCAUUAUAUUUGAAGUGAAUUUCUUAUAGACUGCAAAUAGAGUUUUGCUUAUAGUUGUUUUUCUUUUUUUCAUCUUUAAUUAAUUUUUUUAAAAUUUACAUCCAAGUUAGUUAGCAGAUAGUGCAACAAUGAUUUCAGGAGUAGAUUCCUUAAUGCCUCUUACUCAUUUAGCCCAUCCCCCCAUCCCACAACCCCUCCAGUAACCCUCUGUUUGUUCUCCAUAUCUAAGAGUCUCUUAUGUUUUGUCCCUCUCCCAGUGUUUAUAUUGGGAAGCAAAACUAAUAUAGUUGUUUUUCUUAAACCCAUCUUAAAAUCUUUGUCUUUUAAGUGUUGUAUUUAGAUCAUUUACAUAUAGUGUAAUUCCUGAUAAGAUUGUUAUUAGAUUUCCCAUUUUAGUUUGUCCCCUCUUUUGUUUGUUCUUCUAUUUUUCCUCUUCUGCCUUUAAAAAUAUUUUAUUGACAUUUUAACAAUAUUUAUUCUUCUAAUCCAUGAUCAUGGAGUGUUUUUCCAUUUCUUUGUAUUUUCUUCAAUUUCCUUCAUAAGCUUUCUAUAGUUUUCAGCAUACAGAUCUUUUACAUCUUUGUUUAGGUUUAUUCCUAGGUAUUUUAUGGUUUUAGUGCAAUUGUGAAUAGGAUCGGUUUCUUUAUUUCUCUUUCCGUUGCUUUAUUAUUGGUGUAUAAAAAUGCAACUGAUUUCUUUACAUUAAUUUUCUACCCUGCGACUUUGCUGAAUUCAUGUAUCAGUUCUAGCAGACUUUUGGUGGAGUCUGUCAGGUUUUCCAUGUGCAGUAUCAUGUCAUCUGCAAAAAGUGAAAGUUUGACUUCAUCUUUGCUAAUUUUGAUGCCUUUGAUUUCCUUUUGUUGUCUGAUUGCUGAUGCUAGAACUUCCAGCACUAUGUUAAACAACAGCGGUGAGAGUGGGCAUCCCUGUCGUGUUCCUGAUCUCAGGGGGAAAGCUCUCAGUUUUUCCCCAUUGAGGAUGAUAUUAGCUGUGGGCUUUUCAUAAAUGGCUUUUAUGAUGUUCCUUCUAUGUUCCUUCUAUCUCAACUUUCUCGAGGGUUUUUAUUAAGAAAGGAUGCUGUAUUUUGUCAAAUGCUUUUUCUGCAUCGAUUGACAGGAUCAUAUGGUUCUUUUCUUUUAUUAAUGUCAUGUAUCACAUUGGUUGAUGUGAGAAUAUUGAAGCAACCCUGCAGCCCAGAAAUGAAUCCCGCUUGAUCAUGGUGAAUAAUUCCUUUUAUAUGGUGUUGAAUUUGAUUUGCUAGUAUAUUGUUGAGAAUUUUUGCAUCCGUAUUCAUCAGGGAUAUUGGCCUGUAGUUCUCUUUCUUUGCUGGAUCUCUGUCUGGUUUGGGAAUCAAAGUAAUGCUGGCCUCAUAGUAUGAGUCUGGAAGCUUUCCUUCCCUUUCUAUUUUUUGGAACAGCCUGAGAAGGAUAGGUAUUAUCUCUGCUUUAAAUGUCUGGUAGAAUUCCCCAGGGAAGCCAUCUGGUCCAGGACUUAUUUGUUGGGAGAUUUUUGAUAACUGAUUCCAUUUCUUCACUGGUUAUGCAUCUGUUCAAAUUUUCUAUUUCUUCCCUUUGAGUUUUGGAAGUGUGUGGCAUUCAGUGCAAUAGCAAUCAAAAUUGCACCAGCAUUCUUCUCAAAGCUAGAACAAGCGACCCUAAAAUUUGUAUGGAAUUACAAAAGACCCCGAAUAGCUAAAGCAUUAUUAAAUUUAAAAAGUUUUUAAUGUUUAUUUAUUUUUGCAGAGAGAGAGACAGUCAGAGCAUGAGUGGGGGAGGGGCAGAGAGAGAGGGAGACACAGAAUCUGAAACAGGCCCCAGGCUCUGAGCUGUCAGCACAGAGCCUGAUGCUCGAACUCACAGACAGCGAGAUCAUGACCUGAGCCGAAGUCAGACCCUCAACCAACAGGUGCCCCACCAAAGUAAUAUUGAAGAAGAAAACCAAAGUGGGAGGCAUCACAAUCCCAGACUUUAGCCUGUAAUCAUCAAGAAAGUAUGGUGUUGGCACAAAAACAGACACAUAGACCAAUGGAAUAGAAUAGAGACCCCAGAAUUGUACCCACAAAUAUAUGGCCAACUAAUCUUUGACAAAGCAGGAAAGAGUAUCCAAUGGAAAAAAGACAGUCUUCUAACAAAUGGUGCUGGGAGAACUGGACAGCAACAUGCAGAAGAAUGAAACUAGACCACUUUCUUACACCAUUCACAAAAAUAAACUCAAAAUGGAUGAAGGACCUGAAUGUGAAACAGGAAACCAUUAAAACCCUAGAGGAGAAAGCAGGAAAAGACCUCUUUGACCUCAGCCGCAGCAAUUUCUUACUCGACACAUCUCCAAAGGCAAGGGAAUUAAAAGCAAAAAUGAACUAUUGGGACCUCAUCAAGAUAAAAAGUUUCUGCACUGCAAAGGAAACAAUCAACAAAACUAAAAGGCAACUGACAGAAUGGGAAAAGAUAUUUGCCAAUGACAUAUCGGAUAAAGGGCUAGUAUCCAAAAUCUAUAAGGAACUCACCAAACUCCACACCUUAAAAACAAAAAAAUCCAGUGAAGAAAUGAGCAGAAGACAUGAAUAGACACUUUUCUAAUGAAGACAUCCAGAUGGCCAACAGACACAUGAAAAGAAGCUCAACGUCACUCCUCAUCAGGGAAAUACAAAUCAAAAUCACACUGAGAUAACACCUUAUGCUGGUCAGAGUGGCUAAAAUGAACAAAUCAGGAGACUAUAGAUGUUGGCGAGGAUGUGGAGAAACAGGAACCCUCUUCCACAGUUGGUGGGAAUGCAAACUGGUGCAGCUGCUCUGGAAAACAGUGUGGAGGUUCCUCAAAAAAUUAAAAAUAGAUCUACCCUAUGACCCAGCAAUAGCACUGCUAGGAAUUUACCCAGGGGAUAUAGGAGUGCUGAUGCAUAGGGGCACUUCUACCCCAAUGUUUAUAGCAGCACUUUCAACAAUAGCCAAAUUAUGGGAAGAGCCCAAAUGCCCAUCAACUGACAAAUGGAUAAAGAAGAUGUGGUUUAUAUAUACAAUGGAAUACUACUUGGCAAUGAGAAAGAAUGAAAUCGGCCAUUUGCGGCAACGUGGAUGGAACUGGGGGGUAUUAUGCUAAGUGAAAUAAGUCAGGCAGAGAAAGAUAGAUAACGUAUGUUUUCACUCAUAUGUGGAUCCUGAGAAACUUAACAGAAGACCAUGGGGGGAGGGGUGGGGGAAAAUGUUACAGAGAGGGAAGGAGGCAAACCAUAAGAGACUCUUAAAUACUGAGAACAAAGCUAGAGUUGAUGGAGGGUGGGGGAGAGGGGAAAAUGGGUGAUGAGCAUUGAGGAGGGCACCUGUUGGGAUGGGCACUGGGUGUUGUAUGGAAACCAAUUUGACAAUAAAUUACAUUUAAUAUAUAAAAAAGAAAGUAGGGGGAGAAGGAACAUACCUCAAGAUCAUAAAGUCCAUAUGCAAAAGACAUGCAACUAAUAUCAUCCUCAAUGAGGAAAAACUGAGAAAUUUCCCACUAUGAACUCCACCACGAAAUAUCAAGACACAGAUGUCAUGGAUAUACUGUGCACACCAGCAGUCUCCUGUCUCCAUCUCUGCAAAAUUCCCAGCCAGUGACCCCUUGAUGGCUGCCCAAUAUCCUCCUCACUGCUCUCCUUCCAGAACUCACCAUAUCCACCAGACUCCCUGUUCCCCAAGUACUUCAGUCUGUGCAUUGCACCUGACAAAGUGUCCUCAAAAUUGUUUUCCAAUUUUAUAUUCUGUGUCUUUAUAUUCAUCUGUGUCUUCUCAAUGAUGGUAAAAAUAGUUUGAGACUGUUCCAUCUAGUCUUUUUUUUAAAGUUAAAUUCAAGUUAAUUAACAUACAGUGCCGUUUUGGUUUCAGGAGAGGAACCCAGUGAUUCAUCUCUUACAUAUGACACCCAGUGCUCAUCCGAAAAGUGCCCUUCUUAAUACCCAUCACCCACUCAGCCCAUUACCCCACCCACCUCCCCUCCAGCAACCUUCAGUUUGUUCUUGGUUUUUAACAUUCUCAUGGUUUGCCUCCCUCUGUUUUUAUCUUGUUUUUCCUUCCCUUUUGCCAUGUUCAUCUGUUGUCUUUUUAAAAUUUCACAUAUGAGUGAAAUUAUUUGAUAUCUGUCUUUCUCGGACUGACAUAAUUCACUUCGCGUAAUGCUCUCUAGUUCCAUCCACAUUGUGGCAAAUGGCAAGAUUUAAUCUUUUUUGUUCCCUGAGUAGUAUUCCAUUGAGACAUCUUUAUCCAUUCUUCCGUCAGUGGAUAUUUGGACUCUUUCCAUACUUUGGCUAUUGUUGAUAGUACUGCUAGAAACAUUGGGGUACAUGUGCCCCUUUGAAUCAGCAUUUUUGUAUCCUUUGAUUAAAUACCUAUUAAUGCAAUUGCUGGGUUGUAGGGUAGUUCUAUUUUUAAUUUUUUGAGGAACCUCUACACUGUUCUCCAGAGUGGCCACACUGGUUUGCAUUCCCCCCAGCAGUGCACCAGGGUUCCCUUUUCUCCACAUCCUCUACAACAUUUAUUUCCUGAGUUGUUAAUUUUAGGCAUUCAGACAGGUGUGAGAUGGUAUCUCAUUGUGGUUUUGAUUUGUAUUUUCUUGAUGAUGAGUGAUGUUGAGCAUCUUUUCAUGUGUCUGUUGGCCAUCUGGAUGUCUUCUUUGGAGAAGUGUCUAUUCAUGUCUUCUGCCCAUUUCUUCACUGGAGUAUUUGUUUUUUGGGUGUUGAGUUUGAGAAGUUCUUUACAGAUUUUGGAUAUGAGCCAUUUAUCCAAUAUGUCAUUUGAGAAUUUCUUCUUCCAUUCUGUCGGUUGCCUUUUAGUUUUGUUGAUUGUUUGCUUUGCUGUGCAGAAGCUUUUUAUAUUGAUGAGGUCCCAAUAGUUCAUUUUUGCUUUUAUUUCCCUUGCCUCUGGAGAAAUGUUCAAUAAGAAGUGGCUGCAUCCUAGGUCAAAGAAGUUGCUGUCUAUUUUCUCCUGUAGAAUUUUGAUGGUUUCCUGUCUCACACUUAGGUCUUUCAUCCAUUUUCAAUCUAUUUUUGUGUAUGGGGUAAGAAAGGGUCCAGGUUCAUUCUUCUGUACGUCGCUGUCCAGUUGUCCUAACACCAUUUGCUGAAGAAACUGUCUUUUUCCAUUGGAUAUUCUUUCCUACCUUGUCAAAAUUAGUUGGCCAUAGACUUGUGGGUCCAUUUCUGAGCUCUCCAGUACAUUCCAUUGAUCUAUGUGUCUGUUUUUUUGUGCCAGUACCAUACCGUCUUGAUGAUUACAGCUUUGUAAUACAUCUUGAAGUCCAGAAUUGUGAUGCCUCCAGGUUUGGUUUUCUUUUUCAACAUUCCUUUGGCCAUUCAGAGUCUUUUCUGGUUCCACACAAAUUUUAGAACUCUUUAUUCUAGCUCUGUGAAGAAUGCUGGUAUUAUUUUGAUAGGGUUGCAUUAAAUGAGUAGAUUGCUUUGGGCAGUAUGAACAUUUGAACAAUAUUUGUUCUUCCAAUCCAUGAACAUGGAAUAAUUUUCUAUUUCUUUGUUUCCUCUUCAAUUUUUUCAUAAGCUUUCUAUAGUUAAGCAAACAGAUCUUUUUAUCUCUUUGCUUAGGUUCAUUUCUAGAUAUCUUAAGGGUUUUGGUGCAGUUUCUAAAUGGGAUCAAUUCCUUGAUAUCUCUUUUUGCUGCUUCAUUAUUGGUGUAAAGAAAUGCAGCUGAUUUCUGUAGAUUGAUUUUAUAUCCUGCACUUUGCAGAUGACAUGAUAGUCUUCAUGGAAAACCUGAAAGUCUCCACCAAAAACAGCUAGAGCUGAUCUAUAGGUUUUUACCUCCAGCGUAUUCACUAAUGCAUUUCUAAAUUUAUGUAUCUUCUAUAAUAUAAUCUCUGUUAUGGCUUCAAAACUUCAGUUUUCUUCUCUGCUCUUUCAGAUGUGUAACAUGGAUAACAUAAUGAGUUUCCUAUAUUCUUACUGUUCUAUAAUCUCAGCUAUGAUAAAUGACUUAUAGAGAGUCUGACGUCCAUUCAUAUUGUAUACUCACCUCCACACACCUAUUUCCAGAGACAGUUGCUCCCAGGGCUGUCUUGAAGCUGUAAGGGGUGGAUAGUCAUGGAAACCUUGUCCUGUGGCCUCCACUCUCCCAACAUAGCAUCUGAUGAGGGAAAUUUGGGCACUGAUGGCUCCCAUGGGAGCCACACAUUCACACAUGCACUGACACCCAUGUGGGGCUCCAACGGAAGGAAGCACUUUACACACAGACAGAGGGAACAUGGCUCAGUGCUGACCUUGGGCUGGAUCAGUGGGCAGAGACAUGUCAGGUCCCACCCCAAACAUGGUGGAGGGUCAUGAAGCUUCCACAGUCACCCAGAAAGCACAUGCCCUUCCUGCCUGUGAACACCUGGCUGCCCCUCCUGGCCACACAGAGGCAGAAGUCAAAUUGGAUGACCCCCAGCUGGAUCCCAGGGACUGGUGGUCACUUGGCUUUGGCCUCUUUUUCUCUUGUGGUCCUGUCAAUUCUAGAAACGUUUGUUUCCCCUUUCUUGCAGUUGAUGGAUGCCAGCUACUUCAGAAACAUCAUAAAUAGCAUUUCUCCACGUUAGAAGCAGAUGGGUCCUCUAGAGAGGGUGUAUCCCUGGUCCAACCUGACUGUGGGGCCCAACACCUGGUCCUCUCCUGUCCCAACCACACCCCUCUUAUUCAGGUUGGGAAACUAACAAUGAUUGAUUCUGCCAUGUUCUGGGUACCCCUGACCCCACACCCAUUGUGAGGAGUGGGGUUAAGGACAAAGUGCUACAGACCAGGUCCCUCUGCUAAGGUCACAUGGGCAGCAGAUGAUGGAGUAAUAUUUACAUUAGAAUUAGCUUUGUCCCCCAGAUCAGGGCACUCACCCAUGCAUUGUCCCCUACAUCUUGCAUGCAGGGUCCCAGAAUGGAAAGGAGGACUCUGCCCCAGACACAAGGGGCACUGAGAGACAGGAGGGACUCAUGGGCGUGUUCCCAGGAAGUGGAGGUGGAUGAUGACACAGGAAAAUAGAGAAGUCCAUGAAGGCUGUGACAGAAAGAAAGCCCACCCACACUCUAAGGCCAGGAGAGGGUUGUGUUUCCUUCCCUAUUUCCCUGUAUUUCUCCUCUGUGUGCAUUGCCAUGGUGACCUUGACCUGAAUCAUGCAGAAAUGCCACAGGUAUGUCUGCACUGACAUGAGGCCACAGAAGAUCUAGAACCCUCGUCACCUACAGCAUCUCCGGAGCCUGGGAACCCCAUGUGUGGUGGCACCCCCAGGAUGUGGCAGACCAGCCCCCAAGUGGCCACACCCUGUGCUUCUCUCUGUCCUGCGGGCACUGAGAUCCCUCCAUCUGCACAACCAGGGACAGAGGCAGGAGACGCCAUGACCCCCACCCUCACAGCCCUGCUUCUCCUCGGACUGAGUGUGGGCCCCAGGACCCGAGGGCAGGCAGGGGCCCUCCCCAAACCCACCAUCUGGGCUGAGCCAGGCCUUGUGGUCCCCUGGGGGACACCUGUGACCAUCUGCUGUCAGGGGACUCUGGAGUCCCAAGUGUUCCUUCUGGAUGAAGAGGGAAGAUUAGGGCUUCAGGAUGUUCAUAUCCCAAAGAAGCCUGGGAACACGGCCAAGUUCUCCAUCACACACAUGACAGAUAGACAUGCAGGACGGUAUCACUGUUCCUAUCGAAGCCCCGCUGGCUUGUCAGAGCGCAGUGACCCCCUGGAGCUGGUGGUGACAGGAUUCCAUGGCAAACCCCGUCUCUCAGCCCUGCCCAGCCCCGUCGUGACCUCAGGAGGGAAGGUGACCCUCCAGUGCACCUCAUGGAUGGAAUUCCAUAGGUUCGUCCUGAUGAAGGAAGGAGAACCCAAACCCUCCUGGACCCUGGACUCCCAGCAACCCACCAGUGGACAGUUCCAGGCCCUGUUUCCUGUGGGCCCUGUGACCCCCAGCGCCAGGUGGACUUUCAGAUGCCAUGGCUAUUUCAACAACACUCCCCAGUUGUGGUCACAGCCCAGUGACGCCCUGGAGCUCCUGGUCUCGGGUGUGUCCAGGAAGCCCUCCCUCCUGACCCAGCAGAGCCCUUUCUUGACCCCUGGACAGAGGCUGACCCUCCAGUGUCGCUCUGACGUCGGCUAUGACAGAUUCGCUCUGUACAAGGAGGCGGCACAUGACCUUCCCCAGCACCUUAGUCUGCAGCCCCAGGCUGGGCUCUCGGGGGCCGACUUCCCCCUGGGCCCAGUGAGCAGCUCCCACGGGGGUCGGUACACAUGCUAUGGUGGACACAACCUCUCCUCCGAGUGGUCGGCCCCCAGUGACCCCCUGGACAUCCUGGUCACAGGGCAGCUCUCCUACACACCCUCCCUCUCAGUGCAGCCAGGACCCACGGUGGCCUCAGGAGAGAAUGUGACCCUGCUGUGUCAGUCCUGGAGCUCUGUGAACACUUUCUUUCUGUCCAAGGAGGGGGCAGCCGACCCUCCCCUGCGUCUUAGAUCAAAGUACCGAGCUGGACAUUACCAGGCCAAAUUCUCCAUGAGUCCUGUGACCUCAGCCCAGGGGGGGACCUACAGGUGCUACGGCUCAUAUAGCAACUUCCCCUACCUGUUGUCACACCCCAGUGACGCCCUGGAGCUCCUGGUCUCAGUAGGAGCUGACACCAUCAGCCCACCCCAAAACAAGUCAGACCCCAACAUUGCCUCCAACCCCAAAGAUUACACGCUGGAGAAUCUCAUCCGCAUGGGUGUGGCAGGCUUGAUCCUGGUGGUCCUUGGGAUUCUGCUAUUUCAGCCUCGACACAGCCACAGAAGAACCCCAGAUGCAACCAGGAGACAAACACAAUGAGAAAAUGGAGGCAACCCACCACUCUUUGUGGCAGAGCUCUGGGAAUGAACCUAAUGGUCCAGGGGGUUCUGGAAGAAAAUCUGCAGCUUUGCCAGCAGAACUGUCUGCUGAAAAACUGUCUGGGCUGUUGCCUGGCCAGGACUCUUCGUCCAUGAACUGUGGUACUUUCCCUCCUGCCAUUGAUGGAUUCCCUUCACUGCCACCCUGUCUUUUUUCAUCCCUGUGACAGGAGGGUACAUCUCACACUGGUUUAGGUUCAUACCUUCCUACAGUGUCAUGUUCUGGUCCACUUUAUUGGGAUACAUUUUCCUUUAUUUUCAAUUUUCACAUUCCCUAAUGUGUGCUGUCUACUUCCAUUCCUUCAGCACCAAACAAAAUAUCUGUUUUAAUAAGUGAGUAAGUGGGUGAAAAUCAGAUCCACUUUGUGACAGAGAAAUCCAAAACUAAUGCCUUAACUCCCUCCGGACUCAUAAAGCUCUUUGCUCCUCAUCCAAUGAUUCCUGAGGUAUUUUCCAGAAAUACCUGUAGUUGGACUGAGCACAGGGUUGUCUGAAGUGACAGCCUGGUGCUGUGCUGUUACACUGGUUCACGAAAUAACCAUUUUUUAGAAAGCUGCUUCCCACGGCAUUUGCCCAUUUCUUCGGUGUAAACACACCCUUCAUGGCCAACAUCAAGAUGUCAUGUGAAUGCACUGUGUGCCCAGCAUGGACACAGUCGUCUUUCACAGGUGAGUGUGAUCCAGCUGUGGGACACCUCACUGGUAACCCCAGCAUGUACGUAUGCUUCCUUCUAUUUGUAAGAUCCUUGGAUUUACCACCUCAGUGUAAUGCCACAGUUUCAGUGAAUUGUAAUCUCCAUUCCUAGUACAUUCACAUGAGAGGCAAGAGAGCACAAUUGCAAAAUCGAUUGUUGGAGAAAAUACCGUGUACUUAGAAUUCCAAUACAUUACUGGUAGGAGUAUAAAUUGUUCCAUUCAAUUUGGGGAGUAGGUCAGA